UGCGCCAAGUUUUGGAGCACGCUUUCUUGAAGUUAGUUGCGGGUUCCACUAGUCAAUAUCACUGGAGGGCUAGUUUUAUUCUAGAGGAGCGGUUCUGCUGUGGCUAAAUGAAAUGUGGAGCCGACUCACCUGACCGCUCGUAGUUAAGCCUACACAGUAGGAUGUGUAUUACCGUAUAGAUACAACUGGCAUAACCUUCCUCUUAGAAUCGAGGUUCUACAACAUCUCACGCGAAAAUGGGACUACACGAGCUCAUUUGUUUCUUGUUUCUAUUCUUUGCCUGCUACGUUGGAUUAAGUUUGGAAAAUCCGACAAACUGCGACGAAGUGCGUAAAGUUUUUCAACUGAGGCAAAUUGGACCAGUGAAAUCAUUGCCGGAGAGUCCACGGACAGGUGUGGACCUUCAGGUGUGCAUGUCCAAGAACCUAACAUGCUGCACCAAGAAGAUGGAGGAGCGCUAUCAGGUGGCGGCCCGACGCGACAUCCAGAACCUUCUCCAGACCUCCAGCUCCAGUUUGAAGUUCCUCAUCUCCCGGAAUGUGGCAGCUUUUCAAGAGACCUUUGAGGGUUUAAUGAAGCAGACGGAGAACCACACCAACACCCUCCUCCUGGAGUCCUACAGGAACAUGGCUGCCGAGGCGUCCGCCCCCGUCAGGGAGCUCCUCACUGACGUCGGCCUCUUCAUCCUGGGCUCGGAGCUCAGCGUGGACGACCUGGUCCAGCGCUUCUUCGACGCCCUCUUCCCGUUAGUCUACAACCACCUCAUCAACCCGGGCCUCAGUGACAUCGCCCCCGGCUACGCAGAGUGCGUGAGGUCCUCGCGCCGCGACCUGGUGCCGUUCGGAGGGGCCCCCGGCCUUCUGGCCAAUCAGAUCGGUCGCUCGGGGGUCCAGGGCCGCCUCCUCCUCCAGGCGCUGCACCUGGGCAUCGAGGUCAUCAACACCACCGACCACCUGACAUUCACCAGAGAGUGUAGACGAGCCCUGCUCAGGAUGCAGUUCUGCCCUCACUGCCAGGGCCUGACCCAGUCCAAGCCCUGCAUGGGCUACUGCCUCAACGUGGUGCGUGGCUGUCUGGCCAGCAUGGCCGAGGUGGACACCCACUGGAGGGAGUUUGUGCGCUCCCUGGAGGGCCUGUCGUCACGCAUGCACGGCAACCACGACAUAGAGCAGGUGCUGCUGGGAGUUCACACGCUGGUCCACGACGCCGUCGCACACGCUCAGAAGAACGGGCCACGCCUCUCCGCCCAGGUCCAUAAGGUGUGCGGCCACCCCAAUAGAAGACCUGCCCAGUCUGUCAGUGUCCAGCAGGGCGGCGCUAGAGAGUCCAUCCCUCUCAAAGCCCCCCUGAGGGAGGGUGUGGACUCCCUGGCCACCAGGAGGAAGGAGUUCCUGAACAGCCUGCGUCUCUACCGGACGUUCUACGGUGGCCUGGCCGACCAGCUGUGUGUGAGCGAGCUGGCGUCUGCCGACGGGCACUCCUGCUGGAACGGAGCCGACGUGGUCAAGAGUUAUACUCUGAGAGUGGUGGGCAAUGGGAUCAAAGCUCAGACCGCGAAUCCAGAAGUCAAAGUGAAGGGAGCGGACCCUGUGAUAAAUCAGAUCAUCGAUAAACUGAAGCACAUCAAUCAGUUGUUGCAGGGAAAGUCUAUUCCUAAAUACGGGACGUUGGACCAGAUCGAGACGGGGAGUGGGGAUGCUGAAGGUCGCUACAGCGGAGACUGUGAUGACGAGGACGGCUGCGGAGGCUCAGGGAGCAGUGAGGGGAGGAGGAACGUCCUGAGAGUCUCCAAACUGUCUCCCAACGUAGUCGACGACCACCGUCGCUCCAGCCCCCAGGGAGAGGACCUCGAGACUGAGUCCAGCUCUGCUUCAAGCUCACACAGGAGGAUGACAGCAACACGAGUCCUCUUGGCCCUGAUCUUAACUUCUUUAUUGACACUGCUGUCCUUGUAAUAGAGGCAGACAACUUGUGGGAUCCUCUCAAGACAAUUUUUUCUCCAUAUAGUUCCCAGAAUGAAAGGUCAGAGUGAUGCAUUUGACAGAGCAAAGUGAUGAACGUUGGACUCUUAUGGAGUGGAGGACGAGUGCAACACAAGACUGGAAACAGAAAUCAAAGAAAUCAAAGAAACCUGUAUAAACUUGUAUGCAAUGUGUCUGUAUAACAGAGCUUAUACAUUGACUCUAAUAUAGAGGAGAGACGAUAACUGUCAAAUACUGGUUAAUUUCUACAUGACAUUUUUAAGCUAACAACUUUAUACUGAACUAUUUAAAAAAAAGCUAAUGUCACUGCCACAAAUUACAUCCGUCACAUUGUCUCAAAGUUAAUGAAAAUGUACCUUUUUAUGAUGUACAAAAGUAAAAAAUAAUAGUUUUAUUGGAUUUCAUUUAUUAAUAUAUUGCAUUCUUUGACAUAUAAAUAUAGUACAGUAAAAUGUGCAUCCUGUUUAUUACAGGAUUGGAACGCUUUCUUUGUCUCCCUAAUAUUAUUUGGGGUACCAUGUAUCUCAUUUUACUCUUAUCACCCCCAUUACCUUUUAAAUACAGCUUUUGAAAGUAUUUUUAACAAAUCCAUGUUCUUAUAUGCUUUUGUACAAAAAUGAAAUCUCAA